AUGAUUUAUCAAGUGAAAUGGUUGGCUCCGCUGCUGGUGACGCUCUUCAUAUCUAUUGCGGCUGGCCAAACACAGCUGCCAGAUGAAAUAACGUCCGCAUCGCCGUCUACCCCGCCACCACCGACGCCGUCGUCACUGCCCAAGUUGCCACUGGCUGUGCACUACGAGGCGCUCUGCCCGGAUAGUAUUUAUUUUAUCAGGCGACGCCUGUACGAUGCGCUGCUGGACAACGAUUGGUGGAACCGCACAGACCUGAAGCUAUAUCCCUUUGGCAAGGCGGCAUUCUAUAACAACACUAAUAUCGGAAAGUUGGAAGUGUUUUGCCAGCACGGGGACGAGGAGUGCGAGCUGAAUGCAGUGCAUGCCUGCAUUCUGGAGCAUCUGGAGCUGCGGCAAGCCUUUGACCUGAUCUACUGCAUGUUGCGCUCCUACUUCAACAACAUUGAUAUCUGUGCCACCCACCUGAAGCUCGACGUCGCAGCAGCCAAGGAGUGCAAGCGCACGCGCCAGACGGCCGACAUUCUGCUGCCCUAUGGCAGGGAAACUCUGGCACUCGGCAUAUCCUUUGUGCCCAGCAUUGUGUUUGACAAUAACUUCCAGCCUUACGAGCAAAGCAGUAUUCGCUAUAACUUCGAGGGUCACUUUUGCCGCCAGUACCAGCAGAAGUUUAAGAUUAAGCUACCCACUUGUGCCUAAACAAACAUAUUGUAAUAAUCUCAAGUUCAUAAAUUGAUUCAAUUUUAUUGUAA